AUGAGGAGAGGAGGAGAGGAGGAGGGUACCAAGGAGGAGAGGCUGCUGCCUGCGAGCAUCGAUGACAUCAACGAGCACAAGAAUCUCCGGAGGCUUCUGGAAAUGGAGGCGCGCGAGUGAGACGAGCGGUGAUUCUGCCUCAUAACGGAAUACGAUGAUGCUCGAGUCUCCAGAAGCGCUUCAACGGCACCUUCGCGCAGGAAUACCGGAUCAGACCGCUGAGGAUUAUGAAAACCAGGACAUGAAGCUCAAACACAUCUAGAAAAAAAGAGAAACGAGUGCGUGCGUCUGGACGUCAGCGGUCGAGUGCAGUCGUCGAGGGUCAUGGCCGUCCGGGUCGGCAGAGGUCCCGUCCGCUCCGCGCUGCUGCUCUUCUUCAUCUGCCUGCAGAACUCCUGCGACGCCUUGUCGGCGCCGAGGUUCACUAAGAUUCCCACGGAUCAGAUCGGCGUGUCCGGCGGAGUCGUGUCGUUCGUGUGUCAGGCCACGGGUGACCCGAAGCCUCAGGUGUUCUGGAACAAAAAGGGCAAGAAAGUGAAUUCGCAGAGGAUCGAGACCAUAGAGUUUGAUGAAGGGGCGGGAGCGGUGCUCCGUAUCCAGCCGCUCAGAGCGCCGCGGGAUGAAAACGUUUACGAGUGUGUCGCCAAAAACACUGAAGGGGAAAUCGCUGUGACCUCCAAACUAUCCAUCAUCAGAGAGGACCUGCUGCCCUUCGGCUUCCCCAGCAUCGACAUGGGCCCGCAGCUGAAGGUGGUGGAGCGAACCCGAACCGCGACCAUGCUGUGCGCCGCCAGCGGGAUUCCCGAUCCCGAGAUCUCCUGGUUCAAGGACUUCCUGCCCGUGGAGCCGGCGCUCAGCCAAGGGCGAAUCAAGCAGCUGCGAUCAGGUGCGCUCCAGAUCGAGCGCAGCGAGGAGACCGAUCAGGGGAAGUACGAGUGCGUGGCGUCUAACUCUCAGGGCGUGCGCUACUCGUCCCCUGCUAACUUAUACGUGAGAGGUAUGGAACACAUUCGGCGCGUUGCCCCUCGCUUCACCAUCCUUCCCAUGAGCCACGAGAUCAUGCCGGGCGGGAGCGUGAACAUCACCUGCGUGGCGGUCGGCUCUCCGAUGCCCUACGUAAAAUGGAUGCUCAAUUCUGAGGACCUGACGCCGGAGGACGAGAUGCCCGUGGGCCGGAACGUUCUGGAGCUGAACGGCGUGCGCGAGUCGGCCAACUACACCUGCGUCGCCAUGAGCAGCUUGGGAAUCAUUGAGGCCGUGGCGCAAGUUAUCGUUAAGUCUUUACCCAGAGCUCCUGGUACCCCGAUUGUCACGGAGACGACCCCCACCAGCGUCACCAUCACCUGGGACUCCGGUAACCCCGACCCCGUUUCUUAUUACAUCAUCCAGUACCGUGCCAAAUCCCCAGACAGCAAGUACGAGACGGUGGACUCCAUCACCACCACCCGCUACAGCAUCGGCGGCCUCUACCCCAACACCGAGUACGAGAUCCGCGUUUCCGCCGUCAACACCAUCGGCCAGGGUCCGCCCAGCAACAAAGUGGAAGCUCGAACCGGAGAGCAAGCCCCCGCCAGCCCGCCGCGGAACAUCCAGGCGCGCAUCAUAUCGCAGAACGCGGUGAUGGUGCGCUGGGACGAGCCGGAGGAGCCCAACGGCCUGAUCAAAGGGUAUCGAGUUUAUUACACCAUGGAUCCUUCGCAGCCAAUGAGCAACUGGCAGAUCCACAACGUUCAGGACAGCAUGAUAACGACCAUCCACAGCCUCGUGCCGUCCGAGACGUACACCAUCCGCGUGCUGGCGUUCACGUCCGUGGGAGACGGACCCUUCUCUGACCCCGUUCACGUCAAAGUGAGACCUGGAGUUCCUGGACAGCCUGGCAAGUUCCAGGUGGGCAAAGUGACCGACACCAGCGUCGAGUUGACCUGGGAGCCUGCGUACUCCAAAGAGCCCGUGAAAGCCUACGAACUCAUCUACAAAGCUCCAGAGCUUGGCAUUCAGGAGAAGAGGAAUUUUGAGCCCAGAACAUCGUAUGUUGUGGAGGGUCUGCGUGCCAACACCGAAUACACCUUCUCUCUGGCUGCCGUUUCCAUGAAAGGUAUCGGCGCGUUCACCAACGAGAUCAACCAACGCACGGCACAAGCAAAGCCCACGGCUCCUCCACGGGAGCUCCGCUGCUCCGGCGCCGGCUCCACCUCGCUGUCGGUAAGUUGGGCUCCGGCCCCGGAGGACCGGCGGAACGCGGCGGCGCUCGGGUACGAGGUGCGUUACGGGGUCGUCGGCGAGUUCGACUCACCGCAGACGCUGCGUCUGGAGCCGGACGCGGGACAGGCGCUCCUCACGGGCCUGCGGCGCUGGAGUCUGUACCGCGUGACGGCGGCGGCGAUCACGGCUCAGGGCGGCGGACCCGAGAGCGCGGCUGUAGAAUGCAGAACAGAUGAAGAUGUGCCCGGAGCUCCGCCCCGUCAGGUGGAAGUCCAGCCCAUCAACAGCACGUCUGUAAAAGUGUCGUGGCGCUCCGUGUUGCCAGGGCAACGGAACGGGCAGAUCCGCGGUUACCAGGUUCACUAUGCGCGCAUGGAGAACGGGGAGUCGCAAGGCCUGCCGCGGAUCAAAGACAUGAUGCUGGACGAUGACCAGAGGGACGUGGAUGAGACGGCGCAAUAUGAGCUGAUACUGGAGGAUCUGCAGCCUGAGACGCUGUACUCCAUCAGCGUGGCGGCCUACACCAUUAAAGGUGACGGAGCUCAAAGCGUCGCUCGUCUGGUGCAGACGCCCGUCGCAUUACCUGCUCGUCCCGUUCUGUCCGUGCAGCUGGUUAAUGAGAUGUCUGCUGCGGUGAUCUGGACUCUCCAACAAUCCUCCAACCCUCUGCUGGAGAUCCUGGGCUUUCGUCUGACCUACGGCCUUAAAAACGACUCUCAGUCGUUCUCUCUGGAUUUCGGAUCUGAUGAGCGUCAACACAACGUCACCGGCCUGCGUCCUGGAGGCGUGUACUCGUUCCUCCUGGCCGCUAGAGGGCGCUCUGGUUACGGCGAAGAGGCUCGGGAUGAGCUUUCGGUGCCCGAGUUUCCUCCGAAAGGUUUUCCGCAGCUGUCGGAGCGCAUCAACGCCACCUGCUGCUCGCUGCAGCUCACCUGGCUUCCCCCGAACGGCUCGGAACGGAACGCAGUUUUUACAGCAUACGCACUCGCGUAUGAGGAAGUGGGCGGUGGCGUUGAAGCGCGGACGCUGAUGGUGCCGGCGGAUGCGUCCAGCUACACCAUUCACGGGCUGAACCCUGACCGGGCGUACGCUGUGAGGAUAUCGGCUCACAACGGCGCCGGGUCGGGCCCGUUUAGCCCACAGGUGCUGUACCGAACGACGGCCUUCGACACAGACGUGCCGAGGAAUUUCUCUGUCAAUCUGGCGACGAAGACGAGCGUGCUGCUGACGUGGGAGUUUCCAGAGAGCAGCGCCCCCUAUCGCUUCACUGUGGAGUACAACCGGCAGAAGAUGGAGGUGGACGCGCGUCUGAGGAAGGCGGUUAUUCCCAACCUGCAGCCGGACACCAGCUACGACUUCAAGAUCACCAGCCCUGAGGGGAACAUGGGCGGACUCAGACACCGCAUACACGCCAAAACAUCGCCGCCCAUCCUCAUCCGCCGGCCCGAGGUGGACCACACGCGAGAGACCGAAGCCACGGUCACCAUCAUCCUGCCCUCGCUGGACAGCCGGAGCAACGUGAGGAACAUCUACGUGGUGGUGGUUCCUCUGAAGAGAGCCAGAGGAGUGAUACGGCAUCUGAAGAGCCCAGACGAGAUGGACCUGGAGGAGCUGUUGAAGGACAUCAGUCAGAAGCAGCGAGACCCGCGGCAGCGUCAGGUGGACCUGCGAAGGGCGUACAUCACCGCCCGCUUCACGCCCGUCACCCUGCCCGGAUUCUUCAAGCUGGGCGACCAGCUGGACUACGGCGGCUUUGAGAACCGCGCGUUAGAACCGGGUCAGGAGUACGUGUUCUUCAUCCUGGCGGAGCUCAACUCCACCACCGGGAAGAUGUUUGUGGCCAGCCCUUACACCGACCCCGUGAUCGCGCCCGACUCCGACCCUCAGCCUCUGGACGCGGGCGACGGCCUCAUCUGGGUGGUGGGACCCGUCCUGGCCGUGGUCUUCAUCAUCUGCAUCGUCAUCGCCAUCCUGCUCUACAAGAAUAAACCCGACAGCAAACGCAAGGACUCUGAGCCGGGCACCAAAUGUUUGCUGAACAACACUGAGAUGAUGGCGCACCAUCCCACCGACCCCGUGGAGAUGAGACGCAUCAACUUCCAGACACCAGGUAUGAUGAGUCACCCGCCCAUUCCCAUCUCCGAUCUGCCCGAGCACACGGAGCGCCUGAAGGCCAACGACAACCUGCAUCUGUCGCAGGAGUACGAGUCGAUUGAUCCCGGGCAGCAGUUCACAUGGGAACAUUCAAACCUGGAGGUGAACAAGCCGAAGAACCGCUACGCCAACGUGAUCGCGUACGACCACACGCGUGUGAUCCUCGCGCCGAUAGACGGCAUUAUGGGUAGCGACUACAUCAACGCCAACUACAUUGACGGUUACAGGAAGCAGAACGCGUACAUCGCCACCCAGGGGGCGCUGCCGGAGACCUUCGGCGAUUUUUGGCGGAUGGUGUGGGAGCAGAGAGCCGCUUCAGUGGUCAUGAUGACCAAACUAGAGGAGAAAUCACGGAUCAAGUGUGAUCAGUACUGGCCCAGUCGCGGCACAGACACGUACGGGACGGUUCAGGUCACUCUGCUGGAUACCAUGGAGCUGGCCACAUUCUGUGUGCGGACCUUCUCUCUUCAUCAGAGCGGCUGUAAUGAGAGGAGAGAGGUGCGGCAGUUCCAGUUCACGGCUUGGCCCGACCACGGCGUUCCCGAAUAUCCCACUCCGUUCCUGGCCUUCCUCCGCAGGGUCAAAGCGUGUAACCCGCCGGACGCCGGCCCCGUCGUCGUCCACUGCAGCGCCGGCGUGGGCCGCACCGGCUGCUUCAUCGUGAUCGACGCCAUGCUGGAGCGCAUCCGUCACGAGCGGACGGUGGACGUGUACGGUCACGUGACCCUGAUGCGCUCGCAGAGGAACUACAUGGUGCAGACGGAGGAUCAGUACGGCUUCAUCCACGAGGCGCUGCUGGAGGCCGUGGCCUGCGGGAACACGGAGGUGGCGGCGCGCAGCCUCUACUCGUACAUACAGAAGCUGUCGCAGGUGGAGGCCGGAGAACACGUGAGCGGCAUGGAGCUGGAGUUCAAGCGUCUGGCCAACAGUAAAGCGCACACGUCCAGGUUCGUCAGCGCUAAUCUGCCCUGCAACAAGUUCAAGAACCGGCUGGUGAACAUCAUGCCGUACGAAACCACCCGCGUGUGUCUGCAGCCGAUCAGAGGCCUGGAAGGGUCCGACUACAUCAACGCCAGCUUCAUCGACGGAUACAGGCAGCAGAGGGCGUAUAUUGCGACGCAGGGCCCGCUAGCGGAGACCACCGAGGACUUCUGGCGCAUGCUGUGGGAACACAACUCCACCAUCGUGGUGAUGCUGACCAAACUGCGCGAAAUGGGACGGGAGAAGUGUCAUCAGUACUGGCCGGCCGAGCGCUCGGCGCGCUAUCAGUACUUCGUAGUGGAUCCCAUGGCAGAAUACAACAUGCCGCAGUACAUCCUGAGAGAGUUCAAAGUCACCGACGCCAGGGAUGGACAGUCCAGAACCGUCAGACAGUUCCAGUUCACCGAUUGGCCAGAACAAGGAGUUCCGAAGUCAGGGGAGGGUUUCAUUGAUUUCAUUGGACAGGUGCAUAAAACCAAGGAGCAGUUCGGUCAGGAUGGACCAAUCGCAGUCCACUGCAGUGCGGGCGUCGGGCGAACGGGUGUCUUCAUCACCCUCAGUAUCGUCCUGGAGCGGAUGCGUUACGAGGGCGCUGUGGACAUCUUCCAGACCGUCAAAAUGCUGCGCACACAACGGCCGGCGAUGGUGCAGACUGAGGACGAGUAUCAGUUCUGCUACCAGGCCGCUCUGGAGUACCUUGGGAGUUUCGAUCACUAUGCAACAUAAGAAGAACGCCAACCUGUCCAACACCUUCCCCCUCAACAACCCCACAAACACCCGCAGAGGAACGACGACGACGACACGUGAAACACACACGGACAGCGACGCAGAGCGGACGUUCUCUCGGGAGCUCCAGGAGACGCUCUGCGUCACAACGCAAACUAUUACCUCAGUGUUCAAAUAUUGAUAUUAAUGUUGUGGUCGGCUUUUUAGAAAUAUUAAACUGUGGAUGAAGAUCUUCUUCAUAACAAGAGGAAAAUAUUACAUGUACAAAAUCUAUUUAAAGCAAAACGACGAGAAACAAAAAAAACAACAAAAAAAAAGAAACUAUGAAAUCAAAAGCCUGGAUAAUUGCUGCACCCUUCAGUGGGAGUUUCUUCGAACUGUAUUUGCCAACGUCAGACGUGCGGAGGGAACGCGAGCCGGUCUGCGCCUGCCCGAGUCACCGUUGCCAUCCCGAACGAACGCGUCGGCGCCGCAGAACGGAAGCAGAUCUCCUACCUUCUGUGCCUAACGGAGCGACCGCAGAACCGCAGCCAACGCCGUACAUUAGCACACGUGAUGUAAUCUCUUUCCUGUCCUGAUCCUCGGGAGCUGGUGCACGAGACGGACUGAACUCUGUGAAUACUGUAUUCGGUGUGUCUCUACAUGACUAUAUGCUGCUUACACCGUGUUUGAGAGGCCGAGGGAGUUUUCGAGGCUUGAAUCUCGUAUCUGUAUCAUGUUCUUUUGCUCCUUUCAGCUGUGGCAUAAUGUACUCCGCUGUGUCUUUAUGGUGGGACGACGGAAGAGCCACGAUCGUCGGGUUUAUCGAGAAACGACCGGGGCGACGCGCGCUCUAGAGGAAUCGCGAGUUUCAUUCCCCAGUAUUUCCGGCCGCGCUACGAAGGUCUUCUGAGGUUCGGUUGCAUUUCCCCUCGAUCGGACGUCGCCCGUUUGAGCCGAGCCGAACCGAACCCGACCCGAACUCUUCCUGUCGUGUUUAGUUUAGCGCAGACGUGAUGUCUAGGAGUAGCGCAGGAAACGAGCCGGUUCUGAGAUCUCCACCUGAGACGUGAAGUGAGCCUUAUCGUUGUUGUCAAAUAUUUAAUCGACCUGAUUUUUUUAUUUCAUUUUGUUGAUAUUAUGCUUGAAUUUUUAAGGAUCUAUUUAUUUAUAUGAUUUUUAUGGCAAUAUAAUUCGUGAGCUGUGGUGUAGUUGGCCAGCUAAUGUGACUGUACAUGGCUCGGAUGUACAGUGUUGUGCUUCGUAUCCCUCUCAGAUAUUUUGAUAUUUCCUGUGCACUGAUUGUUCUAGAGGAAGCCGACGGCCCGCGGCCCUCCGGAGCCCAAACCUCGCCGAAACGGUCGUGAAGUAUCGCUCCUACGCAAACGAAACGCACGUGUUCUUAGACAUUGCGCACGUUUCUCAUCAGCAUUAUCAGUCAAACGAAACGAGUUAAAGCACACGCGGAGACGUCAUCGGCCUCAGAUCGGCGCUCGCGGCGACUCGACCCAACAAAAACUACCACGGACUGAAAUGUGACGGAUGACUGAUGUAUUUGUCGACAGUGUGUGAGCUUUAAGCCGCGGUCACGUUUAGCGUUAUUCUGCGAAUUUCCGUAAUCCAAGUGAUUCGCUUGAGGGCGAAAGAUUCCCACGUGCAGAUGGAUUCACAGCGCUGAUCGACAGAGAACUGUCUUCGAACUGUGACUUGCGUGUGAUCAGAAAAUUCUGGAAGCUCAUGUCCGCAACAGAAUUUUGGAAUUCUAAAAAUGUGGAAUAUUGCAACAAAGUUGGCAUUUUUUCAAAUUUAAAUUGUUUUCCAUUCUGAGCUUACAUCCCAAAAUUUGUUUAUAAAAUAAAAAGCUAAUUGCAACGUUCUUUCUCACAAUACUGCCCUUUUCUCAUAAUUGUGAGUUUAUAUAUUGCAAUUGCAAGUUAUAAACUCACAACUGCAUUUCACAGUUCUUCAGUUUAUAUCUUACUAUUUUGAGUUUAUUCAGAUUUGUGAGGAAAGGCAGAAUUGCGAGUUAAAAAGCUACAAUUUUUACAUUUUAUUCUGUGGUGGAAAUAGGCUUUUGGAAAAGGAAAAAUGAUUUUUUACCCUAAAAAUUUCGCUAAUGUGGCUGCACUUUUACACAGUAUUGCUAAAAUUAGUCCCCCUUCUUUCUGCACAUUUUAAAAAAUGAAAAUUAGCUUCUGCGAAUGUGGAUGUGGUUAUUGGCUGAUCAUCCCUAAAUGACCAAAUGUCAUCUGAUUGCUUGUGCUGUUCAGUCAGUAGCGCGGUAUCAGCGUCACUGUACCGUGGUACGAGCUCAGUGCUACUAAAGGAGACGCUGAUCUGCAGUUUUUCUCUCUUCAUGCAUUAAAGCACAUCGAGACGUGAUUCCGCUGCUCGUCUCGUUCAAAUAUUCUCACUAUGAAAUGUUCCUUGGAAGACGAAAGCACACAAACGAACCAAAAGCAACAAUUGAUCGGACGUGCCGUGUGAACGUGGGCCGCGUGCUGACGUACAGUAGUGUUUCACUUUCUCUGCUUAUUGAUUUCAGAUCAUGUAUGUAGAUAUGUCGACUUUGUAUUAAAACUGAACGACUGGAUAUACUGACG